AUGCCACCACCACGCAUUCCUAAGCUUAGCAAAAAGAAAAAGAAAGCAGCAGAACCUACUACUGCUUCAGAGUUUCUUGAUGCUGGUGUAGAUGAUGAAGAACAUGGCGACCGAUGGAUCGACUCGGGUGAUAUUCCCAAAGCAAUUCGAUUUUAUCAAAAAGCCGCAGGUUACUAUCAGCAAGCUAUUACAAUGUCACGCAGUAAUGAUAAGACUAUCCGCGAUGAUGCUACAUAUAACUUUGCGCGUAUGCAGUAUGUGGUUUACACUAAAGUUGUCAAAACUGGUGAGCUAGAUAAUCUGGAUCUUGGACGACUCGGGGUUCCGCUUGAUGGCUCUGGAAUUGUACCUACAGGAAUUUCACAGGUUCUUCAAACCCAGGAACAUGCUUUGAAUGAAGUUGGAAGCAAUGGAAUUAACGGUAUACCCUUGGAUCAGCUUUACACAUAUGGUCAGGUGCUUGCAGAGGCCGGUGAAGAGACGGAAAAUGUGGCGACUGUUCAGCGUGCAGCAGAAGUAUUUCAGGGGAUUUUGGAGCGCCAGCUUGUUGCCAUUUCUGAACUUGAAAAUGAGGAGUUUGAUGAUGGUGAGAUAACUACGGUGGAAAAUCCUCAACAAGCCGAUAAGACUGUGGCAUUGGCUGCCCAAGAAGGCGUUGUACCAACGUCUGUGGUCGAAACAAUCACCAGUUUACUUGAUUCUCUAAACACACUUUUGGAGCUUAGUAGAGACGAUUCAACCCCUUUUAUUUUACCUCAACCUCCUGUCCCUCAAUGUCUUGAAGCUGUUGCAAACACAGUGCGUCAGCUAUCACAAAUUUCUACAAAGUAUAACGGUACCAGCGAUCAGAAAACUAGUUUUUUGGCAAUUCCGUCUCGGGUAUUGAGUGAUGCUCAUAUUGCAAUUGCGCAGAUUCUCAGCACAUGUUCUGAGUCAGUGGAAUGCCUUGUAGCCAUUUGGACCGAACCUCCUUCAUCACCAGUUUUAGUCGAGUUUUUGCCUAAAGUGCUAGGCCCUAAUAUUUCAAGGAAACCAUUGGGUCUCCCAGAUACCGUGCACUGCGCUUUAGCUGCUGCAGAUGCAUUAUUUGGAUAUGCUGAACGACCUGGAAUAUCUGCUGAUGUGCGAUGGACAGCAUACUCUCGGUCUUUGACGAUUCUUAAGACUGCUUGGGAACGUGUGGCUGCUGGUGCUACUGGAUACGCAGACGCCGAUCCUGCUGAGAAGCUUCAGGUUUUAAUGGCCAGAGGUGAUGCAGAGCUUUUACGAGCAAGUCUUCAGGGACUUCCUGCUGCCGAAAAGCAUCGAGAAGUGCUUCGCCGUAAUGCGCGCAACAUGUACACAAGUGCAGACAACCUGCCGUUGGUUGCUUCUGGAGUCAAACUGACUGGUAGCUCGCCAGAAAUAUUGCGAAUGAAGCGUGAAAUUCAUAUUAAAACAGCACUGUUAGAUGGUCGGACGGAUGACCCGGUGCUUCAAGGUGUUGGUGCACAACGGGUACUUGCAGCGAUUCGUGAGCAGGGUGGUCUUGGACUUAUAUAG